CCUUGCACCCUCGUGUAGAAUAUUGGGAUUGCAUUGCGUCUUCUCCCUGAGUUCGCUUAUCUUUCACUAGGGCCAUAAAAGCGAUAACCAUCAAUCUACACCGGAUCACGGAUAUCGGAAGCCCAAGUGGGCCGACAGUAAUAAGGGGCAAGCGGGGUAUUUCACCUCGCCUAGGACUCACAAAUACUUCAAACUUGAGAAUGCAUAAAGCCCAGAAUUCCGUUGGUAGCAUUAAGGCUGCAUCACCCGACAGGAAUAAUAACGAACGACCGCUUGAAUUUGUCACUUUCAGCAUCCCACCGCAAGACGCAGAUCCGACCAAGCAUGCGGAUUCAUUAAGGGUGAUUCGCUCCCACGCGAUGAGGGACCACGUCUGGACACAAAAUCACCCUUCAAUUGCUAGAAAGGGAUUGGGCGAGACCAAUCGCACCCUCAGGCAACAAUCAGCUCAUAUGGGAAGGUAUAGAUUGAAUGAAAAACCGAACCCCGUGUCAAAGAGGCCACGACGUAGCAACAAAGGCACGACUAGUUCCGGCGAUUGUACAAUACCUUCGCAAGCUCGUUACUCCAAGGCCAUACUUUCGGAGUUGGAUUUGGGUUCCGUUCUUCAGCACCAAGUACUGCAUGGUUCAGAAGUUUCGUUAGGCACACGCUUUAACCCUUUUGAUGCAACUUUGCUCAACCUGGGAUCUAAGAGCCAAAGACUCAUAUUCUACUACCACCAAGCCUACUCCAUGAACAUCGUCGCCCUUAACUUUCAGGAACAUUGCCUUUCGAACGCUAUAGCCGAUUCGGCGCUAUUACAUGCCAUUUUGUACAUCGUGGCCACUGAGUAUGACCUAAAACGAGGAGAGUCAGAUUCUGCUUUAUCCAUUCACCAUGGUGGCGAAGCGGUUCGAGCGAUCAACAUGCAACUGAAUAACGGUGUUUUGGCCGACACGACAGUCGCAGCUGUUGCAAUACUAGCAACCAGAGAGAAUCUCAACGGCAGGUUUCAAUUAGCGAAUAUCCAUAUGAAUGGAUUGCAACGCAUGAUUGCGAAAAAGGGAGGGAUAGAAAAUAUAAAAGACAUACAUCAGCGAGUAGCCACUUGGGCAGACUUCUGCGACUCGAAUGUGCGGAAUUGUCGACCUCGUUUCUGCCAGCCGCCCAUAUCACCGCUAAUACCCUUAAAUAAUGCAUCUAUAAACCUCAUGGGUGCGAUGCUUAACCCAGAGGAUAUCCUGGGAGCUGCAUCACCUAUUGUUCCUGUGAUCCAAACCCUUAGACAUAUAUCCCUGUCUAUGGAUUCAAGUCAUUCUGGAAUACUGGAUAGGAGUCUGAUCAGCCUCUCGAUUUAUGAAGCUGAAUACAGUCUCAAUCAGUUGAAUGGACCGAUGGGUGGCGUUGGUGAGUAUGGAAAUGGCCAGCCGUCUGAAGUCGUACCGUUGAAAAUUGCGGCACAUAUCUAUCUCUAUCUUAUGAUUAGGGAGCUUCCGGGCGGUUCACCAGUAUUUGGAGAACUUACUAGAAGAUUUCGCGCUUCAUUGGAGGCGCAGACGGAACAAUGGUGGAUUGCAAGCAGAGACCGACAGUGCUGGGUCCUUUGGAUGCUAUAUAUUGCUUUUGCGGCAGCACCAGAGGAACCUAAUAAGCAGUGGUUCUUGACCAAAGGACUCUUAUUGUGCGAGAUGUUUAAUUUGAUGGCAAGAGAUGAGCUGGAGCGCAUCUUGAGGAGUGUGUUAUGGAACGGUAGUCGAUGCCAUGAUGAGCUGAAUAAGGAUUCUGGUUUUGGGGAACUCGUUAACAUGGUGAGACAGCGACCAGUUUCGGAUAACAGCUCUGAUGCAGUAAAUGCGGCUGCAUUUGGUACGUGGAACUGCGCAAAUUAAUUAAUUAGGGAGGACUGGGUGAUAAAGAAUAGACGUAGGGUGUCAAAUAAAUCUCCAAACCGGUUUUACCCAAGCAACAAGAACUGUAGCAGAAUUUAGACAAAAGCUAUGGA